AUGGAGCACGAGGGAGACGAGCGCAUGGAGCCCGAGGGAGACGAGCGCAUGGAGCCCGAGGGAGACGAGCGCAUGGAGCCGGAGUACGAUGGAGACGACCCUGAGGGGGACGAGCCCGAGGGGGACGAGCCCGAGGGGGACGAUCCCGAGGGGGACGAGCCCGAGGGGGACGAGCCCGAGGGGGACGAGCCCGAGGGGGACGAGCCCGAAGGGGACGAGCCCGAGGGAGACGAAAACUCCCAUAGCGAGGCGGCUCGGUUGGAAGCCUUCACGAAACUCGAGAUGCCAAUGCUCCACUACUCACACAACAAGUACGAGGAAUGCCCAUGGCUAUACUGCUCCACUUUUACUUUCGGUUUAAUCUCACGGCCUCGCCGCCCAGGCGAGAAGUACCCGGUCCUUGGGCAUGCCAACAUGCUGCGGUUCAGAUGGGUUCUCAUCCCGCUGCACACAGAUAAUCAUUGGAGUUUGGUCAUCCUGGACAACGACCGCUCGCCCACACUGCCCCGCCGCCCCACCCGCAUCCUACAUGCCGACUCCUUGUCCAUGCACACAAAAUUUGAAGCGCCAUUGCGCCA